AUGUUUGUUUAUAAAAGAGAUGGACGUAAGGAACGGGUGCAGUUCGACAAGAUCACAGCUCGCGUAUCUAGGCUCUGCUAUGGCCUGGAUCCGGAGCAUGUCGAUGCUGCAGCUAUCACCCAGAAGGUCAUUUCUGGGGUUUAUCAAGGAGUAACGACUGUCGAACUCGACAACUUGGCAGCUGAGACUGCUGCGUAUAUGACCGUAACCCAUCCAGAUUAUGCCACCCUUGCUGCCCGGAUAGCUGUAUCCAACCUCCACAAGCAAACGAAGAAACAGUUCUCUUCCGUGAUAGAUGAUCUGUACCAUUACCACAACCCGAAAAACCAACGACCUGCCCCGAUGAUAUCGCAGACUACGUACGAAACAGUGAUGCGUCAUGCAGAUGAAUUUAAUUCCGCUAUUGUCUAUGAUCGUGACUUCAACUACCAAUACUUUGGAUUCAAGACUCUGGAGCGGUCUUAUUUGCUUCGAAUUAACGGCAAAGUUGCGGAACGCCCGCAACACAUGAUCAUGCGUGUUGCUGUUGGCAUCCACGGAGAUGAUGUAGAAAGAGUCAUCGAAACAUAUAAUCUCAUGUCCCAGAAAUUCUUCACACAUGCUUCUCCAACCCUUUUCAAUGCUGGUACCCCUCAGCCUCAGAUGGCUUCUUGUUUCCUAAUCGACAUGAAGGAGGAUAGUAUUGAGGGUAUUUAUGACACUUUGAAGACUUGUGCUUUGAUUUCAAAAACUGCUGGUGGUAUUGGUCUCAACAUUCACCGCAUUCGUGGCACUGGCUCUUACAUAGCUGGAACAAAUGGGUCCUCAAAUGGAAUCGUUCCUAUGCUCCGCGUUUUCAACAACACUGCCAGAUAUGUCGACCAGGGUGGCAACAAGCGGCCAGGAGCUUUCGCUAUUUACCUAGAGCCAUGGCACACCGAUAUCUUUGAGUUUUUGGAUCUUCGUAAGAACCAUGGCAAGGAAGAAGUCCGGGCUCGCGAUCUCUUCCUUGCUCUCUGGACGCCUGAUUUGUUUAUGAAGCGUGUUGAGCAAAACAGCGAAUGGACUCUGUUUUGCCCCAAUGAAGCACCAGGGUUAGCUGAUGUCUAUGGCGACGAGUUUGAGGCACUUUACGAAAAGUACGAAAAGGAAGGCAGAGGCAAGAAGACUGUAAAAGCCCAGAAACUCUGGUACGCCAUUCUUGAAGCUCAAACAGAGACAGGAAACCCCUUUAUGCUUUACAAGGACUCUUGCAACAGAAAGAGCAACCAAAAGAACCUGGGCACAAUUCGAAGCUCUAAUCUAUGUACUGAAAUCAUCGAAUAUUGCUCACCAGAUGAAGUUGCGGUUUGCAACUUGGCAUCUAUUGCGUUGCCCACUUUUGUUGAUCCUAUCCGGGGAGAGUAUGACUUCGGCAAACUCCAUGAAGUAACUCAGGUUGUUGUUCGCAAUCUUAACAAGAUCAUUGAUCGGAAUUACUAUCCAGUUGAGGAAGCGAAACGAAGCAACUUCCGUCAUCGUCCCAUUGCUUGUGGUGUACAAGGUCUUGCGGAUGCUUUCCUUGCUCUGCGACUUCCAUUUGAUUCCCCUGAAGCAAAACAGUUGAAUAUUCAAAUUUUUGAAACAAUUUACCACGCAGGAUUGACUGCAUCCUGCGAGUUAGCGAAGAUUGAUGGUCCAUAUUCCACAUAUGAAGGCUCCCCGGUCUCUCAAGGUAUUCUUCAGUAUGAUAUGUGGAAUGUUACUCCAACCGACCUUUGGGAUUGGGAUUCAUUGAAACAAGAUAUUGCAAAGCACGGAGUGCGUAAUAGUUUACUUGUUGCGCCCAUGCCUACUGCCAGCACCAGCCAGAUUCUUGGGUUCAAUGAAUGCUUUGAGCCCUAUACCUCUAAUAUCUACUCUCGCCGUGUUCUUGCUGGUGAAUUCCAAAUUGUCAAUCCAUGGCUCCUGAAAGACCUUGUGGACAUGGGUCUCUGGUCUGACAACAUGAAAAAUCGUAUUAUUGCAGAGGGUGGCUCAAUUCAAAAUAUUCCCAACAUUCCCCAGGAUAUCAAAGCACUUUAUAAGACUGUCUGGGAAAUAUCUCAGCGAACUAUUGUCCAGAUGGCUGCUGAUCGCGGUGCAUUUAUCGACCAAUCCCAGUCGCUAAAUAUCCAUCUGAAGGAGCCCACCAUGGGCAAGAUUACCAGCAUGCAUUUCACUGGUUGGAAACUCGGCUUGAAGACCGGAAUGUAUUAUCUCCGUACAAUGGCUGCCUCUGCUCCAAUUCAAUUUACUGUGGACCAAGAACAACUCAAAGUUGCGGACACGAACGUUGCGCGCGUCAAUGGUGCUCUGAAAAAACGAGGUGGUGUUUCCCCCAGCUCUGCCAGCGCCUACUCCUCUGUUCCUCGUCCCAUGUAUGAUCAAAUACAGGACGAUGACCAGGCAUCAUCCUUACCUCAAGUGGGCACGAUAACCGUUGACAUUUCCUCAACGCCUGCUGCUUCCCAGCAAAGUACUGUGUUGGCAUCAUCGGAAGGUACGAAGGCAAAGGCCAAUGGAUCUGAUGAUUCCACAAAAGAAGAAACCGACGGCCAGGGGGAGACCGAGGCCGAUAUAUAUUCGCAGAAAGUUAUUGCUUGCAGUAUCGAAAACCCAGAAUCCUGUGUGAUGUGCAGUGGUUAA